AUGGAGGAGAUCCCGGCCGAGAUGUUCUUUCGAAGAUUCAUGCAUGGAGAGGAUCUUCCAACGGACAUCACGGACCUCUAUUAUCCAAGCGAAGGCUUGAUCUACAAUGUGAAGUCUCAGCGACGUGUCAACGUCGAGAUCGCAAAAAUCGCUCGCUCUGUCUUCUUGGCCGAGGCGAGGACUCGCUGUUCAGCUAAACCUCGCAUGCUGCUGCUAGACACCUCGACGAGGUUCCUGAAAGACGACAGCCGCGGCGCCGGUGGGCACCAGCGCACCCGCCCAGACCUCUCCAUCUACCUCAACACCGAGCGCACUCGGGAGCUGCUGGCCGCGAACCCACCAGAUGAGUCCGAGUCAGAAGAAGAGGAAGAGACCUGCAACGAUGGCGACAGCUCACGUGCCGAAGCCGUGAACGAAUUCGCUGGUGCAACGUCCUACGCCGACAUCGUCGUUCCUAUGCAAGUGAAGACAUCCCACGACCACGCAGCCUUCCAGUUCCAAAGUCACACUGUCGGGGUGGCACGACGUUACAGCGAGAACGGGUGCCAGUCUCUAGUCCAGAUCACCGAGUACUGCUCUGCGAUUCUAGGACGACAGUACCGCACCCAUCUGUUCGCGGUGUACAUCUGCCGCGACAAGGCCCGACUCCUCUUCGUCGAUCGCGAACGCUGCUACAUCUCGGAACAGUUCGUGUACGGCACACGCGAAGAUCAGACACUGCAUCGCUUCUUCUGGCGGCUCGCGCGCAUGGAUCGUCAGCAACUCGGUUUCGAUCCUUCGGUGACUCUGGCCGACGGUGAAGACGAGAAGAGGCUGCUCGCGCACGCACGGGGCAUGAAGACGGCCGAUCCGCGACGGGCUCUUCUUCUCCGCGCUCUGUGCCGUGACCCGAAGACCGAGACCUACGAAUCAGUCUCCACGCAAUGGCCACUCCAGCGCAUGACGGUCGAAAGCGAGACGUAUGUGGUUGGGCGUCCGAUCAUCCAGACCUGUGCGCUGUACGGACCCGCGCCGCGGGUGUUCCACGGCUUCCAUGUCGAGCAGGACGGCUCGAUCAAGGGUUACACUAUCAAGGACUAUUGGCGACCCGACCACGAGGAGAUGGAGCUCGAGCACAAGGUGUACGAUCGGCUGAAAGAGGCUCAGGUCACCAACAUCCCCACUUGCGUUUGUGGCGGCGACGUUGAAAUUAACGGCAAGGCUCAGCGCACGAAAGAUGAGGGACUUGUUCACUACCGAAUCGUCAUCGAGCAUCUGCUUCAGCCUCUUUCGGAGUUUGGGAACUUCCACGAGCUGUCGGGGUUCAUGUUGAACGCCAUGACAGCACACGAGAAGGCGUGGUCGAACGCGCAAACACUCCAUCGUCAAAUCAGUACACACAGCAUCUUCAUCCUCUCCGAGUUUGACGACGCCGAAGAGCAGAUCACGCGGACGGCGCUCCUCGGUGACUGGGAGCUGUCGAAGACUAAAGCGCAGAUGGACAACGCGACAGGCCCUCGGCAACACGGGGCUGUGGGACCCUGGUACUUCCGGUCGAGCCUGUCGUUGAAGUAUCCCUUAUCCCGCCCGUAUCGCCUAAGCGAUGAAGUCGAGGCGUUCGUACACGUCUUCCAGUAUCUCGUCCUACGAUUCCACACCAUGUACAAGAUCCUCAUGAGGAUCGCGCAAGUAUCCGGUGAACACUAUUCGACGAUUGAUGACCAAGCAUGCUAUGAUCGUUACGGCCGCGGCGACGCGCCCUCCGACCAACCCGUUGGAGUCGCCCCCGACGACGUCGAGGAAGAGGAGGGGCUUCAAGUUAACGAAGACGGGCCGCUCAGCACUCACGAGAGCCUCAAGGAGAUCUUCAGGAAAUAUGCGGACCUCGAGAACUGGCGCAAGGUGACGAAGGUACAGCCUGACGGGACAACCGUGACGGUGCCAGAGUACGCGAAGUAUCCCGACUUCUUCCGGGCGGCGGGGAUCGUUCCGUUGGACGAGAGCGGUUACGUGAUCGACCCCAAGCGGCCGAAGCUGGUGGCUCCGAACCGCCGAACGACUUGA